CGCUCCUUCGUCGAUCCGACCUUACGCCUCAUCCUCCUCCUGAUCUCAGCCAUGGGCAAUGGCCUCUCCCCUUGCUGCCUCACCGGCUCCAAAAGCCUCGUGCGCCUGGUCUUCUGGGGCGGUGCCACCGAGUUCCUGACCGAGAAGCAGAUCGCCGCCGAGCUCAUGUUCCGCUUCCCCGACCGCGUCGUCUGCCGCGCCGACUCCUUCUACAUCGGCCGCCCCGUCCCCGUGCUCUCCAUGGAUGACGAGCUUCUACCUGGCCACACCUACUUCCUCCUACCCAUGGACAAGUUCCCGUGCCACGAUCCCCUCACCGCCGUGUCGCUCGCCUCCUUAUCCCCCGACCCGGCCAAGGCAGUAUCGCUCUCCGGCGACGACCAAUGCCGACCGUUCGCUUACGUGAAGGGCGGCGACGGCCGGGUGCUCAUCAAGGUGCUGCCGGAGUUCAUAACCAAGGUCAUCAGCUCCGCGGAAUCCGUCGACACGUGUGGCAGUGGCGGCGGGCCACUGUGCAGCACGCCGGAGUUGAAGAAACACUACGCGCAGCUCGUGGGACAGAGAGAUCGGCCGUGGUCUCCGAAGCUAGAGACUAUAUCGGAGAGCAAGAAGCGCUCAUCCGUAGGCAGGAUAUCGCCUGUAAGGUUAUUAGGGUUAGAAAGGAGAAGGUGUUGACGAGCCAAUUAUAUAUAUAUAUAUAUAUAUAUAUAUAUAUACUUUUUCUUUUUUUUGUAGCAUUCUUCUCAACACAAUUUAAAAGACUUACGUUCAGAAGAACAAGAGUCUUGCAAAAUUUAGUGAGCUGCAGAAUUUAAUCUUCAUGGA